AUGACCAUGAAAGGAGGCACCACCCAAGCCUGCGCUUCUUGCAAAUACCAACGUCGCCGCUGCUCCAAAGACUGCCCCUUGGCCCCAUAUUUCCCAGCCGAUCAGCCCAAGAUGUUUCAAAACGCCCACCGCCUCUUCGGCGUCCGCAACAUCAUGAACAUACUUAAGCAAGUCCCCCCCUCGCAAAAGGACGAGACAAUGACUUCCAUUAUCUACGAGUCCAACAUGCGCUCUAGGUUUCCGGUUUAUGGUUGUUGCGGCGUGUUGUGGCAACUCCAUUAUCAAAUACAACAAGUGAGUGAAGAACUCCAACAAGUAAAAGCUAGGGUAUCUAUGAUGAAGGACCUCGGGAUUGCCGACGACAACGACGUCGUUUUUCCCGUUUAUACACAACAGCAGCAACAGCAGCAACAGCAGCAACAACAACAAUACGAUUGUUUGGGAGUAGAUGGGAAUGAUUUAUUAUUUGGAAAUGUGAACAAUGGUGGUGUUUAUGUUGAUAACGAUGAUCAUAAUAAUAUUGGUUCCAUGCUGAAGGAGUUGAGAAUUCAACAACAUUAUAAUGAUAAUUUUGGGAUUAACGUUGAAUCGAUGCUAAUGCAAUCUAAUUUGAUACCCGCUGUACUGCAACAUGAAAUGGAAAUUUCUCAUGAUUAUGAUGAAAUUCCAUUUGACACAAUUGCAGAUGAUCGACAAUCGUAUGUUGAAUCUCAAGAAGCAUGUAACUCUAGUGCGGAAUCGACCUUCAAAGAUGUGUCGGAACCAUCGGCUGAGUAUCUAUCGAGGACCGAUCUCAAGAACGCUGCAGCUUGUUUUAGUCUAACAAGUUAA